UAAAUAUUUGUUUGUGAUUACGCAACAAUGUCUUCCGUUGACUCUUUUAGGGAGUUUGUUAACGAGCGACUAACUGUUGCUGCUGAAGAAAUAUUCGGAGUUUUUGAAAAAACUGUCGUCGCGUACCAGGAAGAGAUCGACCGUCAGCGCAGACUGUUGGAUAUCUUUUGGAAACCGGAAAUAAAGUUACGCCGGAUAGUCCCUCCAGAGCCCACACAGCAACGUGUCUGUGAGGAGGAGGAGGAGGUUCCUGCUGACCAGCAGCUCUGUAUUCAGGAGAGGAACUCCAGUCUGGACCAAGAGGACCCAGAGCCUCCACAGGUUAAAGAGGAACCAGAGCCUCCACAGGUUAAAGAGGAACCAGAGCCUCCACAGGUUAAAGAGGAACCAGAGCCUCCACAGGUUAAAGAGGACCCAGAGCCUCCACAGGUUAAAGAGGACCCAGAGCCUCCACAGGUUAAAGAGGAACCGGGGGAACUCAGCACCAGUCAGGAGGGAGAGCAGCUUGAAGUGAAGCAGGAGACUCCUACUUUUGCGGGAAGUGACCACAGUGAAGAUCAGACUGUGUACUUGAAUCCUGAUGACACUUUAAAUGCAGCAGAGACAGAGUCUGCAGUCAUCAUACCAGUUAUAAGCUCUGUGGUAUCAGAUGCAACCAGUGACCACCAGCUCCUCUCUGGUGAUCAAGCAGAACCAAAACAACAGAAAAGACCCCACGAAACCAUAAGCCACAUUAACAAUGCAAGCAGCCCUAACCUGUCAGAGGAUAACUGUAAUACUGACAAACGUAAAAAGUCCUUCAAAUGUGACACAUGUGGAAAAGAUUUUAAGCAUGAGUCAGUAUUGGAGAGACACCAGAGAAGCCACACACAUGAGAAGCCAUAUUAUUGCAAUACUUGCAAGAAAGGAUUUGCUGACAAUUCAUCAUGUAAAACGCAUAUGAGAAUCCACACAGGUGAGAAGCCGUACGCUUGCAAUACUUGCGAGAAAAGAUUUUCUGACAGUUCAACAUUUAAAAAGCAUAUGAGGAUCCACACAGGUGAGAAGCCUUACGCUUGCAACACUUGUGAGAAAAGAUUUGGUGACAGUUCUUCAUUUAAAAAGCAUAUGAGAAUCCACACAGGUGAGAAGCCGUACGCUUGCAAGACUUGCGAGAAAACAUUUGGUGACAGUUCAUCAUUUAAAAAGCAUACAAGAAGCCACACAGGUGAGAAGCUGUACGCUUGCAAUGCUUGCGAGAAAACAUUUGCACACAGUUCAUCAAUUAAAAAGCAUUUGAGAACCCACACAGGUGAGAAGCCGUAUGCUUGCAAUACUUGCGAGAAAAGAUUUGGACAGAGUUCCACAUUUAAAAAGCAUUUGAGAACCCACACAGGUGAGAAGCCGUAUGCUUGCAAUACUUGCGAGAAAAGAUUUGCUGAGAGUUUCACAUGUAAAAAGCACAUGAGAACCCACAAAUGUGAGAAGCCGCUUACUUUGUCGGAUCGAUUUCAGACGCAUAAGAACCCACGCAGGUGAGAAGCUGUACGUUUGCAAUACUUGUGGGAAAAGAUUUGCUGACAGUUCAGCAUGUAAAGUGCAUAAGAGAGAAGGUGAGAAGCCGUUUCAUAAUUUGAAAAAUCACAUGAAAUCCCACACAGGUCAUAUCAAUAAUCUUGUAAAAUAUCAGGAAAUGGUUUCAAAAUUAGUUGUGACCUGAAAUUCCACAAGACAAUCCAAAACAGCUGAGAAGCUGUAGAUGUGUAAAACGUGGGAGAGCUUUCUGACAAGAGUGAUGAAUUGAUCAAUCACAUAACACAGGUGAAAGAUUUUGGAUGUAAUCGUAGCUUGUUGGCCACAUGAGAAAAGGCCACUUUGGUGAGAAGCUCUUAAAAAGAUAGAAACCUCUCUGCUGACACUUCAGUAGAAAUGUGUUGGGAAACUGAAUGAAAUGCACCUUUGCAGCAGCAACAUCUCUGUCACUGAAUGUAAAAUGUUUUCCGCACAGAUAAAGUUUCCCUUGAUAUGACUGGUUUAAAUUAAUGAUGUGAACCUGAUUGUUGUUGUUUUGCCAAAUGUCCAUUUACAAAAUGUGUCUGAAUCACUUUACAGUUUAAGACAGAUUUAAAAUUUUGUAUGUGAUUGCCAUAAAUGAACUCUCCAAAACAUAAUUUUUAUACUACCAUAAAAGACCUAUUAAAUGUAAACAUGCAUUCUUGCUUUUUAAUUUUUUUGCAAACUCCCUCAUUUAUAUACCUGGCCACAUUUUUGGAAUUUUCCUUAAAUGACAUAUGCUGUAUUGUGCUGUCAAUGGUAUUACAGCCAGCAUCUGCAACCAACAAAGAUGGGAGAUCAGAUGAGUGAAGUAAAAAUAAAUUAUAAUUAAAAAAAAAAAAAUCAGUGUCUUGUGUUUCUUGCCAGAAGUUCUAGUGUACAAUCGGAUCAAAAUACUCACAUGCUGAUCUAGA